AUGCCUAAUGAUCAGCCAGCUGGAAAAGGUCGGAAGAAGGGCUCGGGUGCCAAAAGUGGGCGCAAAACCCCUGCGCCCGAAAGUGUGGUCCCUGCGACACCCACUCAGACUGUUCGUUCGGGAGUUGCGGGAACUGCAGGCAGCAACGCCGCGGACGCCGCUUCGCAAGGCGGCGCUGCUGCUGCUCCACCCAACAUUGGCUUGUCAAGCAUAGCAGAGGCCGACGAGAGGAGCAUGGAUAGGUCUGAAGCUUGGCACACUGAGUUCACACCAAUCUCCAGGAAUCUUGUGGUCGAGCCCCGCGCACUCACUAGCUUGGCAGCUGCAAUGGCACAGUACGAAAGUGAGGACGCAGACCAUUGGCCCACGCAGCCAAGCUCGAGCGGUAUAGGAGUCAUUGCUCCUGUAGCUGGGCCUGUUCCUGCUUUGGAUUCUCCAGAAGACGUGGAGCCGUGGGGUCUCUCAGCGGUGGGCAAUGAGUGCGUCCCCAUCGCUAUCGAGGGACCUACUUUGGCCAGCUUGCAACAGCCGACCUACGUGAAGCAUAUAUCGGAAGGUGCAGCUGCGAGCAUCUUCUCCAAUGUGAUGUCCAUCGUGCCGCUUCCAACAGAGCCGGCUAGGCCGUGGUGUGCCUCUCGCACCUUCUCCAGGCCGACAAUGCAUGGCCUCUUUGCAGACUCGCCGAUUCUUGCGGGAAGCUUCAUCUCCGAAUAUCGCGGAGAGUUGCUUAGUACCGCAGCGUAUCGAGCCAAUCCCAUAAAUCAGUAUGCUCAAGUCGGCACAGUCAAGCCACACGUUCAUAUGUUCCCACCUCCUCUUGCCGUGGCCAUCGACGCAAGACGUUUCGGCACCGAGGCCCGCUUCGCACGUGCAUCUUGCCACCCCAACGCCGUCUUGCGGCCCAUUCUGUUCACCCGCACUGGCGAAGCGGAGCUAGUGAAAUCUGAGGAUGCGGAUCAUUUCAGUAGUCUCGGACCAUCCUUCAAGCGACCGGAGCGCGAACCGGAGCUGCUGUUUGGGAUCUUUGCAUUAACCGACAUUCCACGAACUCACGAGAUCACACUGGGCUGGGAAUGGGACGACGAGCACAUUGUCCAUCUGCUUCCCUCGCUUGUCAAAGAUCCCGCAUUGGGCUUGCCUCCUGCACCACCUGGCGGUGAGGGCGCCAGCGCGGCUGCUCUAGCUGCAGCAGCUAUUGCAGCCAAAGUGGCCUCCGGGGUCCGCACAACAGAGCGAGAACGCAGAAGCGCUGCCAUGGCAACACUGGCUGAGCGAGGAGAGUUCCCAUAUGCCAACGCGCGGUUCGCUGCAUCUAUGAACGCAGUGCUUGCUGUCCUGCUAGGCAUGUCGCUCUGCGCUUGCAUUGGAUCAGCCGUUCCUCCGGGUGGUCAAGGUGGGACAGCGAGCGCGCACAAUUCUAGAAAACAGGAUUGCGCCAUCGCACAGAUGCUCCGACUAGCUCAAGGCAUGGCCCCUUUAAAUGUCGUAAUGCCGGGAAACAAGACACAUCGCAAGAUCCGACAGCCCGACUUCUUACCUUUGGUUGGAGUGCGGAGGUGGUGGAGACCUCUCAGCUUGACUCCGACGCCUGAGAUGACACCUGAUGAGGUGGCAAAUCGCCAGCGAGACUUGCUCUUGCACCAUCUGGACGUGCCAUACAAGCGUACGCCAACGGGUCACGUCGGACGCGUUGGCGAGGAAGAUUACCUUCGCGCAAUUGCCGAGCUGAAACGCACGGCCAAGGAUGUGCGUAAAGCUGAGCUUCUACCAGACAUCGAGGACGAUCGCCGCUCGCGCGCUUCCUCGUUGACAGAGCCUCUGUCAGGGCUUUCGGAUCUUGACGAAGGCGAUGACGAAGAUGACGUCAGUGCUCUGCUUUCGAACAGUGGCACCAUCGAUCUCAGACCAGAAGAGUCCGAUCCGGAAGACGCGUGGGAUGCACCAAGGUUGUUGCCCCACAAGAAACGCGUUUCUGGCACCCGCCUCAAAGCGACUUACUCUGGCGAUGAGGAUUCUGAUGCUGAGCGCGCGGGCGCUGCAGGGCGACGGAGAGCUUCCAAAGUUCACACUACACCGCUGCCAACGCCUGGUCUCCCCACUCAGCAAACGGCUCGCAAAGCGACUGUGACCGGCGUGAGAAAAGUUUCCAAGGCACAAGGUCUGCUCGAACAGACGCGCAAGCUCAAGUCGCGAGGUCGCCCGCGCAAAGAGGCCACUGAGCGCGCUUCGCCUCGUCGCGUCAAAAUGCACGACGAUAGUGGGGAUGAGGGGCUUCGGCCACGACAAUCAAGCAAGAAGAAGUGGAGGAAGUCCGGCAAGCUGCAUGAGCCUAGCUCUCCACUAACGUCGGCGCCCGAUGACGGAAAGAAUUAUUCCUCGGACGAAAGCCUGAGCCCGGCGCCUACGAUUCAGCGCAAGCUUUCGACCCAAUCCGAGCGCCGCAAUUCACUCAAGCAUGGUGAUCAGAGCAAGAUGGAGGAGCCUUUGAGGGCGGACAAAGUGAUGCUUGAACGGCCGGACAAGAAGCGGAGAGCGUCCCUUAUACCCAGCGGAUCCGAGUCCGAGCGCACUGCACGCUCAGUUUCUCCCGAGAAGAAGGCGGGCGGACAUGAAAGGAGCAAGAAGAAGCGAAAGGCGUCUGAGGCUACGAGUGAUCUAUCCGAAUCAGCUAUUAAGCGUAAAAAUGCCAAGCGUCUGGCCGCGUCGAAAAUGGCGAAGCUGCAGGAGAAGCAAAAGCGCUUGUCGCUAGCCGACAUCCGAGAUUCGGAGUCCUCGGGAGAGGAGCAACCCAAACUCCAAUUGUCCCCCAAUAAGCGACAAAGGAGCAACUCUCCGGAGAAAAAAAUGGUCCGGGCUAGUGUGAAGGCAAAGAAGCCACGGCUCAUCAUCUCGACAGACGAGAGCGGGCUCGAAGAGGAUCUGACACCUGGGGCGACUGUGGCGCAAGUUCAGAACGCCGCAAGCUUCGAAUCGUCGCCAGUAGUGGAGGAGGGAUCAGCGUUUGAUUCGCAAGUGCCACGAGCGAUGGAAAGCCAAAGCAGAGUCGGAGAUUUGGCGUUCACGCAGACUCCGGACACAGCUCCGCCUCCCGCUCGCGUCGAACCUCCGCGAGCAAAGCUCACUUUGGCGGAGUACAAGAAGCGUCUCGCAGAACGUCAAGCGAACGAAGCUGCUGCGUCUGCUGCACCACCGACUCCGAGCGAAGUGCCACCGUCACCACUUGAGACCUUGACUGCUGAGCAGAGCAGGCUUGGCCCGCCAACAAGCGGUGUACCUCCGUCCGGCAUGGAAGUGCAGCAUUCAGCGGUGGGAGCCGGGGAUUUCUUGGCCAGUCGAUACGCACCCCCGGCGCCUCGUCCACCCCGUCCUGCGACACCACCCCGCUCUGUUCCGCCCUCUCCGAUCGCUCAAUCAGUAUACUCGAGCGUUCCACCAGGUGCAGCGCCCGGACAAAUACCUUCCUACUCUAGCUUUGCGCAACGAGCUAGUCUGGCGGACUUCUCCCAGCCUCCUGCACCAGCUCAAAGUCAGAUGACGGUCGACGCCAGUACGGGUAGGCAGCAGCUCAAUGUGGGCACAGGUAUGCAUUCCCCUCAGACUGGCUUUGCACCAGAUCAUGUUCGCGCGGAUUCCAGCUUUGUGAACGAUGACGUUCGCAGCCGAGGUGACAGCAUGAGCCCUCGAAAGAGUGUUUCUGGGGCGUGGCUCAUGGGAAAUGCGACUUCACCUGUCCGUGCUGCGCCACCUGCCCCACUUGCGUCAGAUCACAUCGGCGCAGACGGCGCUGGCAACCGAUCCAUCUUCAGGCCAGGAUUUCGGCCAGUCGUGCCUCCCAGUCCCAUUGCGUCCGACAUGCCAAGCUUGCGUCCUCCGCAAACUCCGACAUCUGCGCCUCGACCACCGGCGGCACCUGCAGCUUUCAACCCACCUCGAGGGCCGAAAGCUCUUAUCAACGCCUCUGCCCCUACUGCUUCGCCAAGUGUGGCAGCCGCGUCUAGUGCUUUCUCUGGGCGCAGCGAAGACAUCUCUCCGAUUGUUGGUGCUCGGCGAAUGCACUCGAACUCGGUGUCAAAUGCCAGCGCGAGCAGCAUGAGUCCUCCUGCACAUGGCUCUCGGCUACCCUCGGCUGCUACAGGCCCACCGGGCAACCCGGUCGACGUAGGUGGCUCGAGGAGCUCUAGUGGGAGCUUCUCUGUGGAGCCCGGUGCACCCCCCGGAACGUACGCCGCUCGUCCGACGGCCAUCGAUGACUUUGCAGGCGUCCCUCGUGGUCCACGGGGAAGCGAAGAUGGUUUCGUUGACGCAUCUCACACCAUACCAGCACCGCGCGAAGGAGCUGGUGCUGGCAUUGCAAGCGGAUCGCCAGCGAGCAUGCCAUUCCGAGGCAGAGGGCGCGGCUGGAUGGGCGGUGGCUCGAGAGGCUUCCCCAGAGGUGGUGGAUGGGGCGGUAGAGCUCGCGGCGACAUGAGGCGAGGCAGGGGUCGCGGUUGGUAG